GUUACCCAGCUAGCCUUUCAGUGGGACCUACUUCCCAGAAUUUGCCUUUGGGCAAGCUAAUUGAUCCUAGAAUGCCCCCAGGAGAUGGGCAUGGUAAACUAUUUCUGAAUACUCCACACCCAGAAAAUCCUGGAGAAGAGUCACCAUAAAUCAGAAUGGACCUGACAGCACAUAAUGAUUGAUGUUAUUAAAUCUGUUGGACUGCACACAUACACCCAUCUGUCUGAGCCAGUAUAAUAAGUGGUGAGGUAUGUUGAAAGUUAUAGGGCAGCAACAUCUGAAGGCAGUGGAGGUAGGUGACCGGGGCCAAUGAAUCCAGGACAUUGUGCAAACAUCACAGGAGCUGUCUGAGCUGUCUGAGCCCUGUCUCCACACCUUGUAGUGGCCAUCACCUUGGCUCCUAUCAAGUUCCAGCCCAAACCUGGAGUGCAUUCAUUGCACCCAUGAUCUCCUAAGCACCAGAGACAUCCCAGCUUGAAUGGAUACCCCCAUCAGUAGUUUGCAAGACUGCAACCUCAGCCACAAAUUGAUCCCUGCUCCACAAAUGAACACAUGUUUGGGGUGUUUGUGAUCUGUGCAAACAGGGCAUGCUUCCAAGGGAACAAAAAAACAUUGUGGACCUCAUUGCUCCUAGUGUGAGGAAGGGGUACCCCCUGCAUAAUUUCAGGGCGGCAUAUCCUGAGUGAUCCCAUCUUUUCCUCCCGGAGAGAUUUUUAGAUGGAAAGAACAAAGGAAGAAGUAGGGGCAGCCCACAGACCCAGCUCGUUGUGAGGGCUGGACAAGAACUUAGGGGAUUCCAGAUUCCAACCCCAAGGAUCCCUAGAAUUCAUGGGGUGAUCUCGUCACCUUACUAGAUCCCCCCCAUUUCUCUUUCUGUGUCUGUGUAGGGGCAUCCCAGCCUGUCCUACCUCCCUAGGCUGCUCUAAAGUGCGGUGAAGGAGAGGCUAAGUAAGGAGGAGGAGGAGACGUUGUGAAAAGAAAGUGGAAGAAAGCCAGAGCCACUAGUUCACUGGAAUAAAGGUUUCCAGCGAGAUCUCUUCUCCCCGCUCCCUCCGUCCCCAAGUAGAGUUCGGAUGCCCCGUCUUGCCCCUCUCUUGCGGAGCUCCAUCAAGCCAUCCGACGGAAGAAAAAGAGCGGGAGAGAGCGAGCCAAAGGUGAUGCCCUCCGGCCACGGCCAGAGUACCAAUCGCUUCCCUCUGGUGAAAUGCCAACGCGACCGCGGCUCGUAUUUAACAGAUGGCGAACCGAUCGCCGACGGCACACGCGAUCCAGCGGCGGCAGAUGGGAAGGCGCCGUUCCCUGCUCGCCUGCGCCCUCUAUCGAUCGGAGAGGCCGUCCUCCCCCCCGGAGCACGUUGGAUCACACAAAAGGCCAUUCUUCCCCGAAGAAUCCCGUGUAUCAGAAAGAAGAAGUGCGUCGGCCGGUGGGUGGGUGACCAAAAUCCCCCAUCCUCACCGGGUGUUUUUUUUCCCUCCCCCUUUAAAAAAAUCCGCAUCAAGAAUGCUCAAUCUCACCGCCGAAAGCCACCGUUUGAUGCUGAACGAUGGGAACAGCAUUCCUGUGAUCGGGCUGGGAACUUACGCGGAUCCCGCAAAGACCCCAAAAGGUGCUUGUGCGGAAUCUGUGAAAAUAGCCAUUGACGUAGGUUACCGCCAUAUUGAUGGGGCUUUUGUGUAUCACAACGAACAUGAAGUGGGACAGGCCAUCCGGGAGAAAAUUGCAGAAGGCAAGGUCAAGCGUGAAGACAUAUUCUACUGUGGCAAAUUGUGGAACACGUGCCACCCACCAGAGCUGGUGAAGCCAACUCUGGAGAAGACCUUAAAGACCUUACAGCUGGACUAUGUCGAUCUCUACAUUAUUGAGCUACCGAUGGCUUUUAAGCCUGGAGAUGUCAUUUACCCUCUGGAUGAGAAUGGGAAAUGGCUAUACCAUGAAACAGAUUUAUGUGCCACUUGGGAGGCUCUGGAAGCAUGUAAAGAGGCAGGACUGACAAAAUCCAUUGGUGUGUCCAAUUUCAAUCGUAGGCAGCUGGAAAUGAUUCUGAACAAACCAGACCUGAAGUACAAGCCUGUCAGCAACCAGAUUGAAUGCCACCCAUAUUUUACCCAACCCAAACUUCUGGAAUUCUGCAGACAGCAUGACAUUGUUCUUGUUGGGUACAGCCCUCUUGGAACAUCAAGAGAUGAAAGCUGGGUCAACGUGUCUUCCCCUCCUCUGCUGGAUGACCCUGUACUGAAUUCCAUUGGAGAAAAAUACAACAAGACGGCAGCUCAGGUGGCACUCCGCUUCAGCAUCCAACGAGGGGUGGUGGUCAUUCCCAAGAGCUUCAACCCAGAGCGGAUUAGAGAAAACUUUCAGAUCUUUGAUUUUGCCCUCACUGACAAAGAAAUGAAAUCAAUUGAAGCCCUGAAUAAAAAUAUUCGCUACGUGGAGUUGUUAAUGUGGAAGGACCAUCCUGAAUACCCCUUCCACGAGGAAUACUGAAGAUAAGGGUUAUCCCAGACAGUAUUCAGUCUUAGUAGUUAUUAUUUGUUAUCUUUUAAUAUGGUAUCUAGUAUCAGCAGCAACAUUAUAAUCUUUCUGUAGGUUAUAAGACCCCAGCCUUGGCCCAGAUCUCAAAUAUGUUUCACACUGAAUGUGGAAAACAAGGCCAAUUUCAAAAAUGCAUUUUUAAUUGUCUUUAAAUACAGCUGAAUUCUGAAGAUAGCGACCAAAAUCCUUUUACAAAAUAUCGUGUUAUAUAAGGGCAAUAAGUAGUUAUCAUGUUUUGACAGCCGUCUGUCAUGUGCUUGGGCUCACAACUGGAUGUGCAACCAACUGCAUACCCUGGGCAUGUCCAGACAUACAACAGGUAGGGAGGAAGAUCACACUCACUGCUGGCACGAUGCCCAGUUUUAUGCUGCCCACUACCAACAGGAUUUUGGCCUGCGAUUUAAAUUUUGGUAUAGAUGAGAUCCAAGCUGAUUUUUAUGCUGAGAGCAGAGGUUCUGUCAUUGCCCUACCCAAAACUUGCCAUCCAUAACAAACAUGGUUUUUUAAAAAUAUAUUUUAUUUUUAUUAUUUUUUUGUUAAACUGCUGAUGAACCUCAAUACUUGGAUGCAAAAUCAAGAAACAAAUAAUUGAGGAUGGCAAAAUUUCAAAGGAAAUCUGGAUAUGGAUUUUGGCAGCAGAUUUUUUUUCUAGUUCAGAAUGUUCCCUCAUGUUAUGCUUCCUUGGUACCUGUGCCAAAUUUAGGCUGUUCGUGACAGAGAAUGUUGUCUCUCUUGUCCCUUUUAGAAUAAAAAUGGGGAACCUCAGACCUUCCAGAAGAAUCUACCCUUCCAGGGGCUUCAAUCUGGCCCUAGACUCCUCCCUCAUGGUACCAUCAUGGUGUGGUUUCCUUGCUUUCCUUUGAGACUUUCCCCAUUCUUAAAGGUUAAGAAAGCCACUCCUACUGCUUAGUUAAUAGCAGUGAGAACUUCAGCAUGAUAUAUAUUGCUAUGUUCGGUCCCAUUAUUUUGUAUUUCUCUCUGCCCACCACUGAAAACUGGUUUCCAAAAACUUCUCUGAAACUGAAUUUGGUCUCAGGAUAAAAUAUGUUCCCCCACCCUUGCUUUAGAACAGUGAUUCCCAACCUUGGGCAACCCGGGUGUUCUUGGACUACAAGUCCUAGAAA